AUGAGCAUCGAUCAGUUCAGCCGUGUCUCGAAGUGUCGUUGUUGUUGUUGUUGUUGUUGUUGUUGUCGUCGUCGCAAUUCCAGUGUGAGGCUGCGUCGAACAAAUCACGGCUCUCUUCGACUGACCCUCUGCAGGCUCCUUCUUCUCUCUGCGCUCCUGCCCGCCACCUCGUCCCACUUCACAUUCGCCAACAUGAUCACCCGUUUCCUCACAGAAGUCCGCGUUGCCUUCAACCCCUUCAGCCCCCGAUCGAAGCCCGCCAGGUUGUUCCUAUCGCUCAUCCCCGCCGACGCUCGCGCCAAUGGCAUGUCCGUCCAGUCGAAGCUGCUGCCCCGGACCAGCAAGGAGAAUGCCACGCUAGGCGUCAAAUUCAAGGACGGCAAGGAGAUGAACCUCGACCUGAGCAACAUGCGCAUAACAGAGGUCAUGGAGCAGGUCGACAGACACUCACGUCAACUGGCACGAAAGGAGGAGUUGACAGGCAACUGA